CUUGAAUAUAUUCAUAAUAAUGAAUUUAUACAUCGAGAUUUCCACAGCGGAAAUAUAUUAUUAGAUUUUUCAUGGAAAAUUGGGGAUCUGGGAUUAUCACAAUCUGUAAAAAAUGAAUCAUCAAAUAAUGAAAUAUAUGGAGUUAUACCUUAUAUUGCACCAGAAAUAUUUAAAGGGUCUGCAUUUUCUAAAGAAGCUGAUAUUUAUAGUUUGGGUAUGAUUAUGUGGGAACUUACAACAGGUUGUAAACCUUUUGCUAAUGUUGAACAUGAUAUUCAUCUUAUUUAUAAAAUUCUUGAUGGAGAACGUCCCAAAAUUACAGAAGAUACGCCAGAAUGUUAUGCUAAUAUAAUGAAAAGUUGUUGGGAUCCUGAUCCCAAAAAAAGGCCUUCUAUGAAAGAAAUAUGUUUGACAGUUGAUAAUUGGUAUUUUAGAGGUAAAAAUGAUGCAGAAUUUAAUCAAGCUGAGGAAAAAAGAGAAAACCUGAUAGAAUCAAAGAAAAUUGGACCUGAAUUUGCUGAAAAAUGCCACCCGGAAGCCAUUUAUACAAGUAGACCAUUAAGCGAUUUAAUUUCUAAAUGUUCAUCCAUUAAUUCAUUCUCAACAAUUUCAUUUGGUAAUAAACAAGAUUACAAUUAUAUUUCGAAAGAAGAAGAGCUUGAUAUAAUAAUAGACAUUGAAAGUUUAUCAUCAAAAAAUUUAACAAUUCAAAAUUCAACCUCUUUAAAAAAGCGAAACAUUGAAGAAUUAAACCUUGAAACAUAUGACGAUAGUGGUAAAUAUUAAUUUGGCUUGAUGAUGAUGUUUAUUUUUAUUUUUAAAUAUUUUAAAGUAGGAAAACGUAUUAAAAC